AAAAAAAGAAAAGAAAAGGAAGUAGUAGCGAAAACAGAGUUUGCUUUCCCUUUCACUGGAAUUUUCCAUCCAAGUGGACUCAACCACGGCUCUGAUAUUUUUGGUAUUUGUCUCACUCACUUUUGUCUUUAGUGAUGCCUCAAUUGAUGAACACCGCCGAUGUGCCGCCGGAGUUGCGGUGGCACAGGGCAAAUAUGUUACCCGUGAAGAGAGAAGACUCUUCGGAUGAAGAACACUGCUCCCUCAAUAAGCGAUCCAAACUCAUCUCCUCUUCUCUGCAACAGCAACUAGGUUUUGGAGCUUGUGGUUUUUCAGAUUCGUCAUCGCAAUUUGGCCAGACAGAUGAGCCCAGUCCAUUAGGUUUGCGGCUAAGAAAGAGCCCCUCACUGUUGGAUUUGAUCCAAAUGAGGCUUUCUCAAGGGAGCAGCUCCAAGGCGGGAAGUCAUGGGAAAAAGGAGCAGAAAGGAAGCACUGGAAUGACGGAAAAGCUCAAGGCAUCGAACUUUCCUGCUUCAGUUCUGAGAAUUGGGAGCUGGGAGUAUAAGUCAAGAUAUGAAGGGGAUUUGGUCGCAAAAUGUUAUUUUGCCAAGCAUAAACUUGUUUGGGAAGUCCUUGAUGGUGGUCUCAAGAAUAAGCUAGAGAUCCAGUGGUCGGAUAUUAUGGGGUUGAAGGCAAAUUACCCAGAUGAUGCACCAGGAACCUUGGAUGUAGUGCUGGCAAGGCAACCUCUUUUCUUUAGGGAGACAAAUCCACAACCCAGAAAGCACACUCUGUGGCAAGCAACUUCAGAUUUCACUGAUGGACAGGCUAGCAUACACAGGCGACAUUACUUAGAGUGUCCGCAGGGUUUGUUGGGAAAGCAUUUUGAAAAGCUUGUGCAAUGCGAUCCUCGUCUUAACUUCCUGAGUCAACAAGCAGAGAUAACAUUAGAUUCUCCUUAUUUUGAUUCACGGAUAUCGGUAUUCGAAGACUCACAUGUAAGUGACCGUGAAUUUGACCUGAAUAAUGAAGGAAGCCCCUACUUGCAAAGUGCCACUUCACCUUCAGGAGCUCAGUGUUCUUCCUCAAAAAGUGAGCAAGAUCCUGUUGGUAGACCUUCGGAACAUAUUCACCAUGAAAAGCCAUCCCCAAGCUCAGUUAUUGAUACAGGGGCAAGUGAAGAUAUGAAGAGUAGGGAAGUGGAGCAAUGGAAAGGGCUCAGUAACCUCAAUCAACUCAGAGUGCCUGGAUUACAUCCCUCCGUGUCAAUGAGUGAUUUAGUGAGCCAGCUUGAGCAACGCGUAUCAGAGCAGAAGACAUCAAAAGUCAUCAACCUCGUCAGUAAUGAACGGGAAAGCUUGGAAAUACUGGAAGAUAUCUCCAAAUCCUUGCUUAGUGACACUCAAAAUGUGUCAGCAUCAGAUGAGAAAUCUCUUAUGUUAAGGGUCAAUUCUCUGUGCUGCCUUCUUCAAAAGGAUCCUGCAACAGUUCAAACGAGUGAGAACUGUGGUGAUGUUGCGACGGGUGAAAGAAGGGUUGAUGGAAUAAAUUUCAUUCCCACAGCACCGUUUGGAAGAAAAGUUGGAGAAGAUCCUUCUACGCCGGAGGAUGAACCAAACGAUCUCUCUGGUUGCAAGCCGGCUUCAACAAUGUCAAGAAAGGACUCAGUCGGGGAGCUGUUGCUGAAUCUUCCUAGGAUAGCAUCACUGCCCCAGUUUUUGUUCACCUGUGAUGACUCUGCAGGUAACCAGGCUAGAUAGUUUUUGCUCAACUCUACAUCAGAUAAUCAUUAAAAAGGAUGUCUCUAGUUCUGUUGUAUAUAUAUUUAAAAGUAGGUUAGCAACAGUAUGUUCAGUUUAGGAUUUGGAUCUUUGAUGUAUCAGUUUAGGAAUGUUCAGGUAUAGAAUGUUUUCGUGCCUUUGUAUCGAAAGUUAGUGUUGUGUA